UUGGUGCUCAGAUGGCUUCAAUGCAGACACAGUUUUCUACUGUUUUUGCCGAUUCCUAUGCCAAGGAAAAAGGCAGUGACUCUUCCAAUGAUGAUGAUGGAGGUGGUGAUGAAGCAGAUUUUGAUUUAAAUGAAUCUGAAGAAACUGAUGAAAAUGAAGAAGAGAAUGUUAUGGGUGAUGACGAAGGGGAGGGUAGUGAAGGUGAAGAGAAGGAUGAUCAAGCCGAUGAAGAUUCUGACUCAAAAGAAAAAAAUGAUAAUGGCAGUGAUGAUGAUGCCACUGAUAGUGAGGAGAAGGUAGAUAAGUAGACAAUGUAACUAGGUUUUAGUUACUUUGUGUGGUUUAUUUUGUUGUAAGUCCGUUUUAGGUAGUGCUCUUGUAAUUCUAUGUUAUUGUUAUGUCUCUUGUUAUGUUUUAUUUUUCGUAAAUUUGCAACUAUUUUCGGACUAUUUAUUUGUAUUUAUUAUGUUAUUUAUAUGGCUGUGUUUGUAGAUUUUGUUGUUCGGAAUUUAUUGUUGGUCUUAUUAUUUUACUUGUUGUUUUUAUUUUGUUAUGUAGUUUUUUUUUAGUUGUUCAAGUAUUUCACAAAAAAUAACUUCACUUUUUUCCAUUUUCUUUUUCCUUUAUUUUCUGUAUCAAGAAUUUCGUUGAUUUCAAUGACGGCCCUACUCAAAUAGAUGUUGAGGCUACUGUUCGGUCAGGGGUAAAAGCAGUUGAGCUUAUGGUAAUGUUGCUUUUGUGUUGUUUUUUGGUUGUGUAAAGGUUGUUAUUUUUUAACCAUGCUCUAAUUCCUUUUUAAUACCAUAUAUGAACAGAUGUCUUCAGAUGGAAUUGGUGGUGAUCCUUGUAAACAGAUUUCAGUUUCUGAAAAUGUUGAGGUUACGGAUCGUCGUCUUGUUUGUUUUGAGAUGGGUGCAACAGGUCUCAAUGUUGAUUCUAACAUUGAACUUGAAGAUGACCCAAUUCCCGUUGAAGAAACUCCUCUUGUUGACAAGAGGAAAUCUAAGAAACCCAUAGCGCUGACG